CAAUGCAAAAAAUAUUAACAACAAAAGAGCUAAAUUGACCUUGACUUUCUAAGCUGUUAUAUUUAGUGUGCUCUCUCGAGAAUCAAUGAGGUUAUAUUCCUCAAAUCAGUGCCAUAAAGCUAAUUUAUAAAAUAUUUGGCUGUAUAGAGUAUUGGAAACUUGAAGUAUUAAUAUUAAUUAGGCUCUCCAAACAGAUACUCUGACCUCAGUAUUCUACCACCUUGCUACUUACUCAUAGUGUGUUUCAAGGACCAGCAGCAUCUGUAUCACUUGGGAGCACUGUCUCAGGCUCCACCUUAGGCGUGCAAUCAGAAUCUUCACUUCAACAAGAUCCUCAGGUACAUAUUAAAGCUGAGAAGUAUUGUUCCAACAGAUAUUUUAUUGACUUUUUUGUUGUUGAGGUGUACAGGUGAAAUGAAGAUGAUAUAUUGAUGUAUUUCCUGAGUAUAGUGAGCACUGUUCAAAAUGAUAAAAAUCAGAACUACAAUGGUUGGAAAGAUUAUAUGUCUAAUUACUAUGGAAACAUUGGAUAAAAUAGGAAACAGAAAAAAGGAAACUUGCUCUUAGUACAGUAUUCACCAUGUGACAAAUGUUCGCAAUUUUGACAUCUUUUGGGGGUAAUUUUUUUCUUGACUUUUGGAAGAAAGAAUAGGCUUCUUCUUGGCAUUCUGGAAUGUUUAAUUGGAAAGGGAUCGUACGAAAUGACCUGAUGCAAAACCUUCAUUUUUCAGAUGAACAAACUGGGGACUAGGAAUGUUAAGUGACUUACCUAAGAUCACAUAGCUUGGACUACCCAUGUCCUGAUUUUCAAAGUACUGCUCUUUGUACCUCCAAGGUUACCCCUCUGUGUUGCUAAAGGCCAUAAUGUUAGUUGCUUUUGUUGAUAUUGGUUGAAAUCAUACAGAAUGUGUGAGAUUAAUAUAGAUACACCUCACAACAUCUUGGUAAAAUGUGGGAGCUUAUUCUCUUCUUUCCUUUCUGUGUGAAUUCAUGUAAUAGCUUCAGAAAAAGACAUUUACUUGUUGUCUAGAAGUUAGGCUGCUGCUUCUCUGAACCAUUGGAGCUUGCUGUUCAGGCCUAUGCUCUCUAAGGAGGGAAGGUACAGACCUUGCUGUUCAGGCCUCUAAGGUGGGAAUAGCAGUGGUUUUGAGUAUUUAGAAGUAGUGUUUUUUUCUUUUCUUUCUUUAAAUAAAAGUUGAUACAUCAGGAAAGGAAACCUUUUUAACAAACCAUGCUGAAAGAACUGGCUGCCUAUGUCCCCCCAAACUCCAAAAACAAACAAACAAAACAAAAAUUCAUUAAUCCUUACUUCAUACCAUACAUAAAAAUUACCUUGAAAUGGUUCACAGACCUAAAUGCAAAAUCUAAAGGACACAAAGAGCAUGAACUAUAAAAGAAAAAUUAUUAAAUUGGACUUUAUGAAGUUUAAACACAUCGUUUCCUCUUUGUACAUUGCUGAAAAUAAAAAGACAAGUCAUAGAGUGGGGAAAAAUAUUCACAUGUAUCUGACAAAGGGGUUGUAUCUAUAAUACUUAAAAAACUCUUAAAACUAAAAAAUAGGAAAAGACUUGAUCAGACACUUCAAAAAAAAUAUACAGUGGCCAAAAAGCAUAUGAAAAGAUGCUCCAAAAUCAUUGGACAUUAGGGAAAUUAAAAUUACAACAUAUCCACUAGAAUAAUUAAAAUUAAAAAGACUGACAAUACAACAAAAAUAAGACUGACAAUACCUAGUGUUGGCAAAAAUAUGGAGCAAUGGGAAUUCAUACACGGCUGGUUGAAUGUAAAACAGUAUAAUCAUUUUGAAAAACAAUUUGUUAUUUCUUAAAAAAUUAAACAUAUUCAGUAAAUGGUGUUGGGGAAAUUGGACAUACACAUGCAAAAAAUCGAAACUAGGCGCGGGCGGUGGACGCGCUUUGAAGGCGGCGCGGCCGGUCGGGCCGGGCUCGGGGUCCGGGCGGGGUCGGGUCGGGCCACCGGCGCUGCGGCGGGCAUGGCGGCCGAGGCGCGCGUGUCGCGCUGGUAGUUCGGGGGCCUGGCCUCGUCCGGGGCCGCCUGCUGCACGCACCCGCUGGACCUGCUCAAGGUGCACCUGCAGACGCAGCAGGAGGUGAGGAUGCGCAUGCCGGGCAUGGCGCUGCAGGUGGUGCGCUCCCACGGAGUGCUGGCGCUCUACAACGGCCUGAGCGCCUCGCUGUGCCGACAGAUGACCUACUCCCUGACUCGGUUCGCUAUCUACGAGACCGUGCGGGACCGAGUGGCCAAGGGCAGCGAGGGGCCCCUGCCCUUCUACAAGAAGGUGCUGCUGGGCGCCGUCAGCGGUUGCGUCGGAGGCUUCAUGGGGACUCCCGCCGACAGGGUCAACGUCAGGAUGCAGAACGACGUGAAGCUGCCCCGGAGCCAGCGCCGGAACUACGCCCACGCCCUGGACGGCCUGUACCGCGUGGCCCGUGAAGAGGGUCUGAGGAAGUUGUUCUCGGGUGCAACCGUGGCCUCCAGUCGGGGGAUGCUGGUCACUGUGGGCCAGCUGUCCUGCUACGAUCCGGACAAGCAGCUGGUCCUGGGCACGGGGUACCUGUCAGAUGGCAUCUUCACACACUUCAUCACCAGUUUCAUCGCCGGUGGGUGUGCCACGGUCCUGUGCCAGCCCCUGGACGUGCUGAACCGCCUGAUGAAUUCCAAGGGCGAGUACCAGGGCGUGCUGCACUGCACCAUGGAGACAGCGAAGCUCGGGCCGCUGGCCUUCUACAAGGGCCUCGUGCCUGCCGGCAUCCGCCUCAUGCCGCACACCGUGCUCACGUUCGUCUUCCUGGAGCAGCUUCGCAAGCACUUCGGCGUCAAAGUGCCAUCCUGACGGGGCGUGGAGCGGCCGGCCUGCCCGCUCCUUCCCGAGGCCACGCGGCCGGCACUGCCCUGAACCCGCACUGGCCACAGAGCUCGGCAGCCCCUCCCCGGCUGGACCGCCUGGCCUCCUGCCCGGUCAGAGCUCCUUCCAGCAGUGUGACCCCCACUCCUGUGGCCCCUGUAGCUUCGCCUCCCCUCACUCGCCCCCACUCCCUGCCCUGCACACGGACCACACGCAGAGGGAGGCGUCCAGGCCCCCCUUCCCUCCCCCAUUAAAAAAAAAAAAAA